AUGUGGAUACGGAUGAUGAAAUGCCUGACGAAUUGGUACACGGAUGAAUGGAAUCUCGCUGCUCUUCACAGUGGAAACAGUUGGGGUGAUCCACAACGGAAACAUCGUCACGGUUUCCACUAUUACGUCGAAACGUGGAACCAACUUGCACAAGUUUUGAGCAAAGACUUCAUGGAAAAAGAACAACCAGAUCGUGAACUGUCCUUAUUGGAACAUGAAGAAAGUUUGGCAUCUUUGUAA